CCUUUAAAGUUUCAAUUUCAACAUCACCCAAAACGGUCCAUUACAAUUUCGGCAAUUAUGACUUCCAUUCUCAUUCUGUAUAAUUAACGAUCCAAGCUUCACCUCACUUCCCCACACACUCUCUAUUCCCAUGGACAAUGUCUCCCUCUACCUCUCAUCAUGCUUUCUCCUCCUCCUCUUUUACACAACUCCCGCACGUGCCGACCUUCCCGGCACGUGGGAGCUUCUAGUCCCGGACGCCGGCAUCGCCUCCAUGCACACGGCCGUGACGCGCUUCAACACGGCGGUCCUCCUCGACCGCACCAACAUCGGCCCGUCCCGAAAACUGCUCCCGAAAGGCCACUGCCUGAAGCGCGACUGCUACGCCCACUCCGUCCAGCUGGACCUCGCCACGAACGAACUCCGCCCCCUGAAAAUCCUCACCGACACGUGGUGCUCCUCCGGGCAGUUCCUCCCCGACGGCACCCUCCUCCAAACCGGCGGCGACCUCGACGGCUUCAGAAAAAUCCGAAAAUUGGCCCCCUGCAACCGAACCAGUUUCUGCGACUGGGAGGAGCUAAACGACGUCGAAUUGUCCCAAGGCAGAUGGUACGCCACCAACCAGAUUCUCCCAGACGGAUCGGUUAUUAUAGUUGGAGGAAGAGGGUCCAACACGGUCGAGUUUUUUCCACCAAGAAAAAACGGCGCCGUUUCCUUUCCCUUUCUAUCCCAAACGGAAGACACGCAAAUGGAUAACUUAUACCCCUACGUCCACCUCCUCCCAAACGGUCACCUUUUCGUCUUCGCCAACACCAACUCCGUCAUGUACGAUUUCACGCGCCACCUCAUCGUCAAGGAGUAUCCUAAGCUCGAGGGAGGUCCCAGGAAUUACCCUUCGGCGGGGUCGUCGGUAAUGCUGGCCUUGCAAGGGGACUAUUCCGCCGCCGAGAUUGUCGUAUGCGGCGGGGCUCAAUACGGUGCGUUUUUGAUGCGGAGUACGGACACCCCGGCGCACGGUAGCUGCGGGAGGAUAUUGGCGACCUCGGAGAAUCCCAAGUGGGAAAUGGAAGACAUGCCGUUUGGGAGAAUCAUGGGGGAUAUGGUUAUGCUUCCGAACGGCGACGUUUUGGUUAUUAAUGGGGCCAUGUCUGGGACUCAGGGGUUUGAGUUGGCGAGUAACCCGUGUUUGAAUCCGGUUUUGUAUAGACCGGACCAGCCGGUUGGGUUGCGGUUUAUGGUUUUGAAUCCCGGUUCGGUUCCCAGGCUGUAUCAUUCCACCGCGAACUUGUUACCGGAUGGGCGGGUUUUGCUGGCGGGGAGUAACCCUCACGUGUUGUACCGUUUCGACGCGGAGUUUCCGACCGAGUUACGAGUGGAAGCGUUUUCGCCCGACUAUUUGAGUGCGGACCGGGCGAAUGUGAGAGUGGUGAUUGAGGAGGUGCCCGAAACGGUGCGUUUUGGGGGGAGUUUCGAUGUGGUGGUGUCGGUUGGUUUGCCCGUGGUGGGGAUUGUGGAGGUGAACUUGGCGAGUGCGCCUUUCGCCACGCACUCCUUCUCGCAGGGUCAACGUUUGGUCAAACUGCCCGUUACCUCCGCCGUGCCUGACGGCGACGGGAGGUACCGGAUCGGGUGCAGGGCUCCGCCCGGCGGGAGGGUGGCGCCGCCCGGGUACUACAUGGCGUUCGCCGUGAACCAGGGCGUGCCCAGCGUGGCCAGGUGGAUACACGUGUCAUAAUUUCGAAAAGUUUGAUGUGGUUUUGGAAAUGUGUUUAUUUAUUUAUUUAUUGUUUUUUAUUUUUGGGCAAGUGGGAGAUUCUGCAAUUGUUAAUAAGUAAGAAGUAAGAAUGGAGAGUGUGGAUGGUGAAUAGUAGCAGCAGGGAAUUUAGCUGGUUUAAUGAAUGUGAUUUUUAAUUUGGUGGUGCUAAAUACCAAGCAAAAAGUAAUUGUUUUUUAGAUAAAGCGAUUGUGACAGGUGCCAAAAUAUAUUAACAUAAUUGGUUUUGUUUGGUCCA